UUCGUUGCCUUCAAGACCACGUUGAAGUUGAUUUCCUCAUAGCUGAAGAAGGAACAGCAUUUUCAAUUCAAAACCUAAACACAGAACAAGCAAUUCCCCAAAAUUGGUUGGAGUCCAAUCUCAUUUUCAUCCGAAAGAGUAGUGAUUGAAUAAAUCAAAUCAAUAGUUAGUAUUAUUGAUAUUGAUUUAGUCUUCAUGGCUGACGAUUCGAAGAAAUCUGAAUCCGAAGUGAAACUCGAACCGGAAGAAUGUACCGCAGCCGAGGCACACAAGGUAUCUCCAGUGAGAGAUACCUCCGGCGGAUGGGGUGGAUGGGGAUUUUCUCUUUCGUAUCUCUCGGAUCUUCAGAAAGCUGCUACUGAAGCGGCUGAAGAGAUAUCACGCAAUGCAGUUGAAGCUGCCAGGACAGCAGCUCAGAGCAUUUCAGAUGCAGUGGAUGAAAAUUCAGAAUCUUCCAAGGAGGAUAAUACAGAAGCGUCAGCAGCGGAAGAGGAAACUGAUGAUGAACGUGAUAAGCAGCGGAAAGAAGCUCUGGAUAAACUAGAGAAAGCCAGUGAAGACUCCUUCUUUAGCCAAGGUUUGAAGGCUAUUGAUACAUCUGUGGAAACCUUUGCCUCGGGAGCUUGGAAAGCUCUUGGAACUGCAUGGAAAGGGAUUGAGAACUCAGCUACAAAUAUAGCUGAUUCAGUUCAACAUAGCAAGCUACCUGGCUCUAUUGGUCCAGUUGCACCAUCUUUAUUAGAGACUGGAAAAGCUUUUACAGCUAAGGGCAUGCAUGUGCUAGAGCAAGUAGGAAAAGAUACCAUGGAUCUUUUAAUUUCAGAAACUGGGAUCCUAGUUGACAAGAAAUCUGAUGGUAAUGACGAUGAAGAUCAAUUGUUUGAAGAAAUUUCAUUUGAUAGGUGCUUCUAUAUUUAUGGAGGUCCAGAACAGUUGGAGGAAUUGGAGGCACUAUCCAACCACUACGCAUUGUUAUACAACCGAAGAAAGGCUAAACUAUCUUUGGAAGAAAAAUCUGUUUAUGAUGGGAAGUUGAAAGAAGUCCAAAGCAUAUUUGAUUUAGGUUCUGAACUUGAUGGCAGUGUUACAUAUUCAGAAAAAGGAAAGAAAAAAGAGGCUGGAAAUGAAGACAGCAUGAAUGAAUUGAAAAAAUUGCAUGAUUCCAGUGUUCGCAAGGCUGCUGAAUUGGCUGCAGGUUUUGCAAGUGCUUUGGCUGGACUGGCUCCAAACGAUAUCGUUCAUAGAACUUCUGGAAGGCUCGAUACUAUUCACUCAGAGGGUGUUCAUAGGCUUUCUGAAAUUUGCUGUUUUGCGGUAACUCAACUUCUGAUGCUUGGGAAGUCCAUCAUAUCCGAAGCAAACAAACUGGAGGAUCAAGAGAUUGAGGUGAAGAUUGAUUGGCCUGAGGAUUUUGUCGAAAGAGCUAAGAUUAUCAGAUCAAAGGCACAAUCAGUGACAGAAAAUAUGGAAGCAGUCUAUAAUGGUUUCAUUACUGGCAUAUCAGACAUAGCAGAAUCGUAUUCAGCAGCCAUGAGAAAUUCUUCUUCUGCUGAGUCGCAAGGUCUUCCUCAGAAGUCGAUUGAGGAAAAGGCGAUUUUGAUCACAGAAAAUCUCCGAACUGAUCACAGCACAGGUCUGAGUAAAAUGCAGGAAGGACUUCAGUAUCUGAGCUACUUGGUUAUCUCUACUUCAAUGCCUGCUGCUGCUUGAAAGUUGCAGAGCUUGUAUUUGUAAAUAGUCUCUGAAUCUUUAGUUCGAUUUGCCCUGCGCUGCUCCAUUAUUACUUGGGUUUUGCAUGUAUGUUCUUACUGCUGUCGGGAGGCUAUCUGUUUUAUUAAAGGGGAGAAUGGCACUCAAUGACGUUUCUAGUC